GACGUUCCGUUCCGUUGGAUUUUACGUCAACUGAAAUGUGGCGGGGAAGCGCGAGGUGCUGAGGGCGGGAUCCAGUAAGAAUGUGAAAAAGUGGGUCACCGGUGUUUGUUUUUGUAGCUUGUAAUUACUUAUAACUGCAUUUAUCCUGAUUUAUCCUGUCAGAAAAUACGCGGAGAUAACUUGAGUUGUGGAUCUUGUAGCAGCGCAUCUGUCGUUUGGACUCCGCGGCUGUAGGUCGCAGUAAAGCCCAAAGAAUGCGCCACAUAAAAACGAUUAACCACGAUUCACUGUGGUUCGCAUGGAAGUCUGCACCCAUGACUUCCCCUAACGUGUGUAUUCAACUUGUUAGAAUGUGAUUAUGUGAGCUUUUAUGGGUCCCUCUGAGUUUGGCAAUCUAUUUAUCUGUAUUUAUAAUAGUAUGGUGUGUGGGGCACCCUGCGAUUCAAAAUGACUACAGGCUAAUCGUCCCAUGAGUUACAAACCUCAGAAGGUAACGUAAAUGACAUCACAUCGUUAUAGUGAAGACCUGGGGAAAUACUGUGAAGCUUUACUUUUUGGCAUAGCUGCUAACUUCUUCCUAUUCGCAACACUACGCAUUGGACACGUAGCUUUUAGCACACAACCAAGCUGUCAGAUGACAAGUCAUGUCCCGGCACAGCCGACGAUACAAGCUUCCGCCGCAGGACUGUAGCAGCCCCUCUGUGCCCGGCUGUGACCGCGUGUGGAUGCCUCGUGUCCGCGUUCUCUUGCUCUGUCUAAUCGGGGUCUUGGUGCUGGCCAUGGUGCUGGAGGUAUUCUUAUCCAACAACUCCAUCGAUGGAAACUCUGCGAACCGCUUUCCAGAAACAGACUGGAUAAAAGGCAGAUUGUCUCAUAAGCCAAGUAAGUGCUCCACUGCUCAAAUUCGGUACUUGGCCUCUCAAGUCGAUGGAAAUCGUUUAUGGGAGACCCAUUUGAGGCCCAUUCUCAUAGAGAGACUUCCUGGGACUCCAGGCAGCCUGGCAGUGCAGCAGCAUAUCACCUCCACACUGUCUUCACUGUCGGCAGGCUGGAGUAUUGAUUUAGACUCUUUCCAGUCUCCAACUCCACGUGGCCGGGUGACAUUCACAAACAUUGUGGCCACAUUGGACCCUGCAGCACCUCGCAGACUACUACUAGCCUGCCACUAUGACUCUAAAUCCCUUCCCGCAGACCCGCGAAACCCAAAGAGGGUAUUUCUGGGUGCCAGUGAUUCAGCAGUGCCUUGUGCCAUGAUCCUGGAGCUUGCAACAUUGUUAGAUGCACAACUUAAAACAUUUAAACAGCAGAAACUCCCAGUAACACUUCAGCUGGUGUUUUUUGAUGGUGAAGAAUCGUUUGAAGAAUGGACUGAUAGUGAUUCACUCUAUGGCUCUCGGUACAUGGCUGAACAAAUGGCCACCACACCUCACCCCAGGGGCUCUGCACACACCACGAUGCUUCAGGCUGUGGAUCUUUUUGUGCUUCUGGAUCUGCUCGGAGCCCCUACUCCUCUCAUUGUAAAUCACUUUGAUAACACUGCCCGUUGGUUCGAUCGUCUUAUUACAGCAGAAAAGAGACUCCAUCGACAGGGUCUGCUGGCUUCACAUCCUUCUGAACAAGCUUACUUCAGGAAAGACGUGUAUCUAGGGCCUGUUCAAGAUGACCAUAUCCCUUUUCUUCACAGAGGGGUUCCCGUGCUACACGUCAUUGCUACACCUUUCCCUCAGUUUUGGCAUACACUGGAUGACACAGAGGAGAAUAUGCAUCGCCCCACUGUGGAAAACCUAACAAAGAUUCUUGCCGUCUUCCUGGCAGAAUAUUUGGGAUUGUAUUAGUGUAAUGAUAUCAGAUUUUGAGAAAAGGAGUGCUAAACUUAACAAAAACAAUAGACCAUUUCUCCUAAAAUCUAAAUCAUGUGACUUUGCAGGAGCAUAAAUAUUCUUGUUACAGGUAUGUCAUUUUUUAUAAAUGUUUUAUACAAGUUCAUCCUUAAAAAUGAAGGAUUUCCUCCAAUAACAAGCCAGCGUUACUCAGGGUUACCCUUAUGCUCAUCGCAUUAUGGACUCCACAGCCCCAAACCCUAAAUUAAAUUAAGCUAUAAAGAAAAAUAAAACCUGUAAUUGAAUGAUCACAUUUGAUUAUUUCAAUAUGUUAAUCAAAUCAAGGUUUGGGGUACUUUGCUCUCAGCAAGCAGAAAUGUUGCGCAUGCCUAUAAUAGGAAUAAUUGUGUCGUUGGAUAACCACAAGAGGGCAGGAUGAGCUUUUCAUGAAUCCAUAUAUCACAUUGUGAGAACAAUACAACUUCUAGCAACACUCUACAACAGAAUGUACAACAGUAGUUGGUGUAUGUAGUUUAUUAUUACAAUAUGCAAUAUAAAAAAUAUAAUUUUAAUAAUGAAUUAAACAUGUAUAUAAAAAACAAUGCAUUUCAAACUAUCAAAAGUAAAAUGUAAAAGAUC